ACUAUCAUUCCCUUCACAGAAGUUUGGCUUCAAUAGCAAGGUGCUUGUCUCUCCGUCCCCGACAGAAACCACUGGUGAGUGUUCUGACCCCUGACCAGCCAUGGAGAGAGUUCAGCAUAUGACCCGCACAGCCAUCCGGAGGGCAUCCAACAUCGAGGUGAACCCCCAGACCAAGAGGAACCUUCAGGAGCUCUUCGUCAACUUCUCCCUCAUCCUCAUCUGCCUGCUUCUGAUCUACAUCAUCGUCCUGCUCAUGUGACAGGCCGCAGACUGACGGCAGCCAAUCGGGAAGAAGAUGAACUGUGCGGGAGCCAAUGGGGUGGGGGAAUGGGGUGAAGGAGGAAGUGGAAGAGGGAUGGCUAAGCAGGUCAUCCUCUAACAUCAUUGCUCUUCCCCUCACAACAGCACACUUGUAGGGUGUGUCAUUAGAGUAACAUCUGUAGUGUAAGUAAACUCCCUGCACGUUGCAUGAACAGGUUUUCCACUAAAUGUAUCGUAGACACAUCGUCACUGUCACUGAAGCUUGGGUUUGUCAACGUUCAGAUCUAGUUAAACAGCUGCUUUCUAAAUGUAGUUUUUUGCACCUUGGGUGAUGUGGAUCAAUAGGUUCUAAAACCCCCGAGAUGUGGCGUGGAUGAGCCUGGAAGCAGCAGGGAGGGCCAGGUAGCUGCCUGUUAGAAGGGUCAGCUACCUUUACUUUAACUGCCAUUAGGUGGUCAACCUGGCAGUCGCUUUGGACAGAAGUGUCUGAUUAAUGAAUAAAGUGUUCAAAUGUUAUGUAAACUGUCCCGUGAAAGCCAAGUGUGUCCUUAUCACCUCUGUGAAACGUUCUGGGGGAAACAACUCUCUGGACGCAUGUUCCUCACGAUCUCAAGGUGGCAGAUUCUCUCUGAAUGACCACUUCACCAGUGUACGUUCUCAUCGUUGUAUUAUGCACACAAAUAAAGCAGAUAUUGUGAGACCACUAAA